UCAGAUAGUCAGUCGAAGCUCUCAUUCGAAGGCAUCAAGAUGCGUCUAGCUCUGGUUAGUUUGAUGGUCGCCGUGCUCCUUGCUUCUGCAACUGAGGCUGCCGUUUCCAGGGGCAACUUUAAGGAUCCCGCCCACCCUGGAAAGUGUGUGGUUGACGGACUGGUGCUGAACGCCGGACAGCAAGCCCGUCAUCCAAAGAGAUGUGAGCGAAUUUUGUGCUGGAAUAAUGGUGACGUAGAGUUUCAUUCAUGCGGUGCCGUUGGUCUGCCUCCCAACAAAAAGUUUGGAGAUUACAAAACCCCAAAUGCUGAUUACCCUGCCUGUUGUGACCGCUAUAUUAUAAAUGCCUAACAUUAACUAGAUGAACAUUGAAUAAAUUGAAAACAAUUUUAA